UUUGUGCGUUUGCAUGACCUGUUAGACAGUAAACCGAAACUGCGUCUUCCAGUCCUACCUCAGGGUUAUGUCAACCUACAGCUCACUUUCACCGACCCGCUUAUGCAAGCCCCACGUGGACUCAAACGACAGCGUCGCAUCUCCCGUCAUAAGGGUCGUAAUCUUCCACGUUUCAACGAGUCUAACAUUACCCUCCAGCAAUGGGUUCGAACGCACUUUGGGGGUCGAUCGACCACGCCUCAACCUACUGCUACACCCAGUGUCAAUACGGGACACACCGCGUCAUCAUCUCCAGUCACCAUUGAGAUGAAUGGAGCACCUGUCCACGGGUUUAUCGCCAUGAAUGAGAAGGAGGGACGCUAUAUCAAAGCCAACUCACCCAUCUGUGAUAAUAGAGCAAGAAAUAAGACUUCUUCUCUUCUCUCUGGAAUUUCGCAGUCGUCUUCCACAGGAGAUCUUGUUGAUACAACUUCCUCAAAAUAUGCAACAGCUCCUUUCAGUGUAGCCAGACCUCUUCCACCUUCAUCUGUCGCUGGUGGCACCGCUGCAGACAGCAAACCCCCUCGACCUCCUACUAUAAGCACCGAGAACUACGAUUACGAUGACUUCGCCGUCGCAGAUGAGGCCUUUUUACACGAAAAGCAGAAAAGACCCCUUCAAAUACCUGCUUCCCAUAUUGAUAGCAUUAAAAAUGCUACUGCCGUCGCCGCAGCUGCUGAAUCAUCUGGUGACUAUGCCAAUCAAACUGAAAUCGAUAAUCUAGCAGAGAAGGCGAAGGAGAAAUCGCCUGUUUUAGAGUCUGUUGAAUCUGUUUCAUCUCGCGGAGGAGACGAUGAUGUGAUUCAAAAACCAAUUUGUAAAAGCCGAGAUUCUUUUGGAUCAGACUACGAAGAACCUAUCAUUCCACCUCAUCGCUCUGAUAUCCCGACGGAGCGUCUGUCACUGGAUGAAUUCCGAUUUGUUGCCGUGUUGGGUCGCGGUCACUUUGGUAAGGUUCUGCUAGCAGAAUCUAAGAAGACAAGGAAGUACUAUGCACUAAAGACCCUCAAAAAGGCUGAGAUUCUCUUCCGAAAUGAGAUUGAGAGCCUGAUAUCAGAAAAGCGCAUCUUUCAGACUAUCACUGAAGCUCGACAUCCAUUCCUUGUCAACCUGGUCGCCUGUUUCCAGUCCCCUGAACACGUUGUGUUUGUGAUGGACUAUGCACCAGGUGGUGAUUUAAUGUUGCAUAUUCAAGAAAGCGUCUUUACUGAAUACCGCGCCGCCUUCUAUGCUGGCUGUGUUGUUCUUGGCCUUGAAUUUCUCCAUUCAAAACAGAUUAUCUAUCGUGAUUUGAAGUUGGAUAAUCUCCUAAUGGACACAGAAGGCUAUGUGAAGUUGGCGGAUUUCGGCCUCUGUAAAGAGGGCAUGGGUCCCGAUGACAAGACGGGAACCUUCUGUGGCACUCCCGAAUUCCUUGCUCCAGAAGUCCUUCUAGAACCUUCCUAUACUCGUGCUGUCGAUUGGUGGGGCCUAGGUGUUCUGAUCUACGAAAUGCUCGUCGGGGAAUGUCCUUUCCCUGGCAAUUCAGAGGAUGAAAUCUUUGAGAGCAUAACGAACCGCGAGGUUCGCUAUCCUGUAAGGCUUGGUAUGGAGGCGACACUCAUUAUGCGUCGUCUGCUUCGACGAAAUGUCUCUCUUCGAUUGGGUGCCUCAGCAAAGGAUGCUGCCGAAGUGAAGGAGCAACUGUUCUUUAAAUGCAUCAACUUUGAUGACCUACUGCAAAGGAAAAUCAAACCGCCUUUUGUUCCUAAAAUCUCUACCGCAGAGGACGUCUCCAACUUUGACGAAGAGUUCACCCGCGAACGGCCCUGCCUUACACCUGCUCGUGAUCGGGCUCCACUUUCUAGCAGAGAUCAGAAUUUCUUCGGCGAAUUCGACUACUUCCCAGAGGGCUUCUGUUGA